AUGGCCGAGGAACAGAAGCCCGUUGCCGUCCCUGAGACAACACCUGCCGUCGCGGAACCCGUCGUGGAGCCUGUGGCCGAGUCGAAGCCUGCUGAAGACAAGCCCGCCGAGGACACCCCGGCUGUUGAGACUGCUGCACCUGCGGAGGAGACACCCGCCGCUGCUGAGGAGGCCAAGGAGGAGGUCAAGCCUAUCGAAGCCGGCACGCUCGAGCACAAGGGUGCUCCAGCUAACUUCCCCAAGAAUUUGCUAUACGCUAAGAAUCACUUCUGGUUCGGAUCUGAUUCCGUAGAAAAAGAGAAGCUCGCCACCUACCUUAAGCACGAGAAGGCCAGUGAUGUUGGACACCAUGUAGUUUCGUGGGCUGCUGAAACCGGAAAGGGUCUAUUGUUCUUUGGCAAGGACUCUGACAAGACUACUCCUACUGGUGUUAUUCAGUUGUCCGAAGCAUCUGAACCCGCUACCGAAGGCUCUCACAAGUUCCAUUUCACUGCCAAGGGUCACAAGCACACAUUCAAGGCGCCCACCACUGCUGACCGCGAUAACUGGGUUGAGCAGAUCAAGCUCAAGAUUGCCGAGGCCAAAGAAUUGGCGACUACUGUGACAGAAUCCGAAACCUACAAGCAGACUUUGGAGUCUCUGAAACCAGCACCAGCCGCCAAGAAGGAAGAGAAGCCGGCUGCCGCCGUUGCUGAAGCUCCCAAAGAGGACACGCCAGCCGAGGCCGCUGAGGAGGCCAAGGAGGCUAAGGAAGAGGAGAAGGAGGAAGCGAAAGAAGAAAAGAAGGAAGAGAAGAAAGAGGAGCCUAAGCGUCGCUCUGCCAGUCGCAAGCGAGCAUCCAUCUUUGGUAACUUCCUAGGCAAGAAGGACGAGGCUAAGAAGGAGACUCCUGCCGAGGAUAAGCCUGCCGAGGCUGAGGGAACUGCUGCUGCAACUGAGACUACUCCUAUUGAGCAAAUUAUCGAAGCUACUGAGGCCGAGGCCACUGCUCAGCCCGCUGAGGUUGCUGCAACUGACGCUACUCCCGCCCCCGCCGAGGAGGUCAAGGACACCAAAGAAGCUGCUAAGCCUGCUCCUACGAAGCGUGCCAGCCUUUUCAGUGGCCUUUCGUUUGGCAAGAAGAAGGUUGAGUCCGAGUCUGUACCUAGCACUCCUGCGAAGGAGGACGCUCCUGUUGCUACUGAGGCCCCAGUUGCUGAGACCGCGCCUGUCAUCCCUGCCGUUGAGACAACUGAGCCUUUGACUGCUGAGGUGGCUUCGCCUGCUGAGGCUUCGACUGAGGCUGCUGAAGCCGCACCGGCUACUAACGGAGAGACAAAGAAGGAAGUGAAGAGUGACAAGAGGAAGUCUUCAUUGCCCUUCGCCUUUGGCAAGAAGGAGAAGGCCUCUUCCGAUGAAGAGGGUGAGAAGAAGUCUACACCUUUCUUCUCCAAGCUGCGCCAGACGGUCAAGAAGAGCAAGCCCGCCGAGAAGUCAGCGGAGAAGGUUGCCGAGGAGACGCCUGCUGAAGACAAACCAGCUGACAAUGCCGAGGGUGCUUCCGAACCCGCUGCAGAGGUUGCGGCUGAUGCAAAGACUGAGGAAACUAAAGUUGAGGAGCCUGCUCCUGUGUCGGUCCUCGAGGAGACACCUGUUGAGAAGCCUGCCGCAGCAGCUCCUGCCCCUGUGACCGCCGCCGCAUAG